AUGAAUAAACCUAAACAAGACUGGGGAGCAUAUUACUACCAAGGAAAACGAAAAAACGGGAAGACUCGAUUAAUGCUGGACGUUGUUCAUCAGAUGAAUCAAGCAGUUCCUACAUUUAACGAACUAUUUGAUGAGGAAUCUUUCUACGUAUUCGUGUUUCUCGUUAUCGUUUUAGCGAUUCUUUUUGUAAUAAUUAUGGCGAAAUGCUGUAAAGUUAAAAUAACCGAAUAUGACAUCGAUAUAGACAGAGAAUGGAGAGACAUGACGCCUGCAAACCCCUUCCGUUUUCCAUGGGAUGAUGCUAAAAAGAAUGAACAGGCCAAGUUGAAGAAAGACUGA